CAAUUUGCAUUGAGUAGAGCAGACACACAAGGGCUCUCAGAGAAGCAACAUCAAAUCCCCUGUCCCAGAGGUGCCAGGAUGUGUACAGGAAAAUGGUCCCGCUUUGUGGGGCUCUCGCUCCUACCCAUGGCUUUUAUUAGUAUGAUUGCCAACCUAUUGUUGAUGUUUCCUAAUGGCGAAACCAAAUGGACCAACCAUAUUGCGCUUCAAGUCUGGCUCAUGGCUGGUCUCCUGGGUAGUGGUCUUUUUAUGCUAUGCCCGUCGUGUAAUGCUAUACGUGCUGGUGGUAAAGGCUGCUGUGGUGAAGGAUGCUGUGGAAAUAGGUGCCGGAUGUUAAGGUCAACCAUUUCUUCAAUAUUCGGAGGACUUGGUAGCUUUUACUGCAUUGCCGUAUCAGGAGUGGCACUGUCUGAUGGACCUAUGUGUAACGUGAAUGAUCCCAGUGUUAGUGCGGCAAAUUGGGGCUACCACCUGAAGGGCUUGAAUGAGAGUUACCUGUUUAAUAAGACCUCAUGGAAUGACUGCAUACAGCCCCCCAACAUUGUCCUCUGGCACAUCGUCCUGUUCUCCAUUCUGCUGGGGAUCGGAGCUCUGGAGUUCGUCCUCUGCGCUACUCAACUAAUUAACAGUCUCAUGGGAAUAAUGUGUGGAGACUGCAGGAAGAAAGGAAAGAAUGAAGGCUGAUAGUGACGGGGCCCCUCCUGCUCUCAGCCCUGUGGCCCCGUGAUGGAGGGAUGAAUGUAUAACUACAAUAAAUCUAUGAAGACGUGGACGUUUAUCUCAGGGAAAUAUAAGAUGCAGUUUGGUAUAUGAUGGCGGCGAUCGGAGGAGAUGACCCGCGGGCGGCUCUGUGUUUACUGGGAGAUUGUAAAUAAAGAUUUGUAAUUGUG